ACGCCCAUUAAUUCAUAUACUCAAAACCCUAGACUCAAACGUGUUCCAGUUCGUCCUGCCAAAUUUGAGAGCUCAGCCUCGCGAAGGAGACGACAGAGUGAGAAGCAGAAGAAGAGGGACGACGGCAGAGACGAAGAAAUGGCGGACAAGGCUGUUACCAUCAGGACAAGGAAGUUUAUGACCAAUCGCCUUCUCGCAAGGAAGCAAUUUGUCAUUGAUGUUCUUCACCCAGGAAGGGCCAAUGUUUCAAAGGCUGAGUUGAAGGAGAAAUUGGCAAGGAUGUAUGAUGUGAGAGAUCCCAACUCCAUUUUCGUGUUUAAGUUCCGCACUCAUUUUGGAGGAGGAAAAUCUACUGGGUUCGGCUUGAUCUACGAUUCAGUUGAAAAUGCAAAGAAAUUUGAACCCAAAUAUAGACUCAUUAGGAAUGGGUUGGAUACUAAGGUGGAGAAGUCUAGGAAACAAAUGAAAGAACGCAAAAACAGAACUAAAAAGAUUCGUGGUGUUAAGAAGACAAAAGCUGGAGAUGCUGCUAAGGGUGGAAAGAAGAAGUAGAUUUAUAGUGUUGAAGGUGUCACUAUUUCUGUAACCCAACAAACAAAGAAAAUACUCCCUGAAGCAUGCAUGUUUUGUUACUUUCUUAUUUUGGAACUCCAUUUAGAGAGUGAGAGCUCUUGAUUUUGUUUAAGAAUAUUUCAUUUAUGGACAUGUUGUAAGUUAAUUUUGACUGUGUUUAAAGCAUUUACCUGUGUUAGAGGCUUUCAA